AUGCGCGGUGAAGGUUUUGAUAAGCAGACACCGACAACUCGACUUCUACCAUUGCUUAGCGACGGAGGUGUCGAGGAAACUACCGGUGCCCAAAUUUUCAUGUCUCUACCCAUCCACGGUGUUCUGCUGCACAUGAUGUAUAGAAGCGUAUUUCUUGCCCUUUUCCCUCUCGUUCAGGGCCUUUCUCAAGUAAGCGUGGUGAAUCGAUGCAAAUUUUCCGUGUUUCUCGCGUCUGUUCAACGAGAUGUGUCCCCUAUUAUGCAAUUAGGUCCAGGCAAGACUUACCAAGAAACAUAUCGACCUGUUGUAAAUGGCACAGGAGUGUCAAUAAAGAUUGCUAGCAACUCCAGAAUUGGUGAAGAGACUGAUGGAGGCAGAAGCUCUGCUAUAUUUAAUGUCAGUCCGAUUACUCAACUCGAAUACUCUUACGUCCCUGAAGGUGUUCCGGACCUAUUUUACGACAUUUCCGCUAUAAAUGACGUCCAUAGAAGGCAAUUUUGCCAGUAUGGGUAUGAGCUUCACACUACCUCCAGUAGCUGUGACUCAGUGGUUUGUCCUCCACGAUGUGAUGCGUUUUGUCCAUCAGUUUACAACCUUCCUGAUGAUAAUUGGGCCACUAGAGGGUGUAAAAGUAAUUUUGGACUCGAGUUAGUGCUGUGUAGUUCAAAUUCGGGCGUGGCUUAA